AUGUUCCUCCUCGCCUCCUCGCUCCUGGCCACCUGGACGGAGCUCUCGGCCAACGGCAGCUGGCCCACGCCGCGCCACGGCCACUCGGCCGUCUUUUGCCCGCGGCGGGGCUGGAUGCUGCUCUUCGGCGGCAAUGCGUUCGACCCGACCAACCAGCUCUUCCGGUUCGACGUGGCGCGCUCCGAGUGGGCGCAGCUCAAGCUGGCCGGUCCGCCGAGCAAGCGCGAGGGCCACACCGCCACCCUCACCGCCGACGGCCGAAUGGUCGUGUUUGGCGGCUACAGCGGUAAGUUCCUGAGCGACGCGCCGUGCGGCCGCGACGGGCACAGCUCCGUCCUCGCGCCGGACGGCGCGACGCUCCUCAUCCACGGAGGCUUCGACGGCACGCGCGGCGAAGAGGGGUCGCGCCAGCUGAGCGACACGUACGCGCUCGACACGACCAGCUGGGGCUGGAGGCGCGUCGCGACCUCGCCGGCGGUGGGAGGCAGCGGCGAGGAGGCGCCGCCCGCGCGGUGCAUGCACUGCGCGGCGUGGGUGGGCGGCGAGGGCGGCGAGGACGGGUGCGGCGGGAUGCUCCUCUUCGGAGGGUACGCCAUCGACGAGGAGACGGACGAGGACCGCACCCUCUCCGACCCGGCCCUCCGGCUGCUCGCGCUGCUGCUGCUGCUCGCGGGCGCCCUGCUCCGCCGCGGCGACUACGCUCGCCUCGGCCUCUCGUUGCUGCUGCUCCUCGAGCAGCAACGCGUGAGCGAGACGCUCUCCAGGCUGCGAGGAGGCGGCACCGCUUUGCCGAGUCGCCUGCCGCGCGCCUCGCCUCCGCGCGCCGCUUCCCUGCGCGGCCUCCCGUGGAGGCGCAAGUUCGGAUGA